AUGGAUAAUAUCAAUCAUGGUAUGAGUGUCAAAAUUGUUGCUACCACUGAUUAUGGGGAAGAUUACAGUAGUAACAAUGAUAUUCAUUUAGAUAACAACGAUUGUGUAUAUAGUACGUCAUCACCUUCAACAAUACCUUCAUCUUCUUCACCACCAACAUUACCGGCAGCAACUGCAGCAACCACUGCAGAUACACCAACCACAACAAAUAAUACCACCGAUAAAACCAACACCAGUAAAAACAAUUGCAAUAAUAAUAAUAAUAAUAACAAUAAUAAAAGAAAAAUAGAACAAACUGAAUAUCAAGAUAAACACAAUGGAAAGUCAGGCAACUGUUGUAGUUCAGGUCAAUCACAACAACAAGCAGCGAUUAAAGUUCAGAAAAAAGAAGAAGAUGAACAACAACAAUUGACAACGACAUCAGCAUCAGCAUCCGUAGCAACACAGCAACAGCAGCAACAACAACAACAACAACAACAGUUAUCGAAAGCACCUAUUGCAGGAGGAAAGAGGAACUCAAAGUUGACCAAGUUGGAUUUCCUUGGUAAGGAAGUGCAGAUCCAUGACGAUUGGCUGUCGAUUACAAAGGGUGCAAUGAGUAGUACACUGGUGACGAUCAACCUCUCAAAGAACAUCAAAAUCACAGACGAAGGAAUAGCGAACCUCUCUCAUCUGCGCAAGUUGAAUUCACUCGAUAUAAGCUAUUGCGAUUCGAUUCAAGGGGAUGGCUUGGCAAAGUUGGUGGAGAGCGAAGUACCAUUGCAAAAGAUCAACCUACAGGGCUGUUUGAACAUUGAUAUUGCACGGUGUCUCGAGUUGCUUUCGCAAUUCCCACAACUCGACUCGCUAAAUAUAUCGUCGCAACUUUCGAAACUACAAACUCUUCAAGCAUCCGAUUGUGGAAUUGAGGACCAAGAGAUGGCAUUCAUCAGUGGACUCACUGAACUCAAAACACUCACCCUAAUCAAUAAUCCAUUCAGCGAUGUCGGUGCUGCUCAUAUAAGCAAGUUGACAUCGCUUACUGCCCUCGACCUCUCUAUGUGUACAGCUUUAACCGACGAGGCACUGGAACACCUCAAAAACCUCACUCAAAUCACAAGAUUAAAUUUAAAUUUCAACUCAAACCUAACUGAUACUGGUGUUGCUACUUUGACCGGUGGAUUGAGUGAUCUAACAUCACUAGGCAUUAUCGGUUGUAACAGAUUAUUAAUUAAAGUUAAACAUAGACCAUUGGUAUUACUGGUGGAAGAUAAUGCAAUGCAAGUUACUUUGAUUACAAAGAUAAUGGAGAGAAAUAAUUUUGAAGUUGAAGUGGCAUCCAAUGGACAGAUGGCAUUGGAUAUGUAUAAAUCGAACCCUAAAUAUGAAUUGAUCCUCAUGGAUAUCAUUAUGCCAAUCAUGGAUGGAUUGACUGCGACCAUGUUGAUCAGAGACUACGAAAGAGAAAGAGGAUUAAAGAGAACACCUGUCAUCAUGCAGACUGCCGAUACCGAAGAGGGUCAUAAGAAGUGUUGUCUCGAGGCCGGCUGCGAUGACUUUAUGCUUAAACCACUCGAUAAGAAAGUUGUAGAUCUAGCACAUAAACUAUUCAAAAAAGACAAUGAAAAGAAUCAAACCACCAUAAGAAACAACAACAAUAAAAAAAGUGUAAAUGUUUAA